AUGAGCUGCGAGACUAGGGUUUUGGCGAGAAACGAAACUAGGGCUUUGAAUUCGGAGGAUCAGGAUGCCAUGAUGGAUGUGGGGGAGAGAUCGAGACCGCCAGGAGACCCGCCCGAUAGGGUGACCACAUGGGCAGCAAAGGCGGUGGGUACGACGGCAGGAGGUAUGCCGGUUCCAGAGGCUUUGAUUGAUGAUGUGUUUGUGUCGAGAAGGCUCAGAGUAGAUUUUCCGAAUGGAGAAGAUGGAGAACCAUCGAUCACGAUUGAGAACGAGGUACUUGAAGCAAUGAACGGGAUGUGGAAGCAGUGUAUGAUUGUUAGGGUUUUGGGGAGGAAUGUUCUGAUCUCUGCCUUGAGUAGGAAGCUAAGGGAAUUAUGGAGUCCGAAGGGAUCGAUGUAUGUGAUGGACCUACCUCGACAGUUCUUCAUGGUCCGUUUUGAGAAGGAGGAUGAAUAUCUGGAGGCAUUAACAGGAGGACCAUGGAGGGCUUUCGGAAGUUACCUCAUGGUGAGAGCCUGGUCACCGGAGUUCGAUCCGCUAAGAGAUGAUAUCGUUACAACACCGGUCUGGAUCAGAUUAACAAAUAUCCCAGUGAACUUUUAUCACCGAUCGAUCUUUAUUGGAAUUGCUAAGGGGUUGGGCAGGCCGAUCUGUGUGGAUCAAACUACAUUGAACUUCGAAAGGGCUCGUUUUGCGAGAAUUUGUGUGGAGGUGAAUCUAGCUAAACCUUUGAAAGGAACGGUGUUGAUUAAUGGUGAGAGAUACUUCGUAGCGUAUGAGGGACUAUCGGAGAUCUGUUCAAAGUGUGGUAUCUAUGGACACUUGGUACAUGGUUGCCCAAAAACGAUUGCGGAGCGAGUGGCAGCUUUACCAAUACAGAAGGAGAGGUCAGUAUCUGUUGAGCUAGCGUCCAAACAAGGACUACCAGAGCAGGAGGAGGGUUUUAUUAAGGCAAGGGGAUCGAGAAGAGGAGCUCCUCCGUUACUUCGGCCGGUGACUGCCAUGACAAGGGAAUCACAUGAGGAGGUUGAUAGAAAUGGCCGAGGAACAAAACAUAUUAAGGAAACGGAGAAUCUUGUGUUAUCAAACAAGUACGGAAGUCUUGGUACGGAUACGAACACGGGGGAACCGAGUGAGGAAGUGAUCUCUGGUGAGGGAGAUAAGGAGAAUCAGGAGGUAAACAUUCAGAAUGCUAAGGGGAGACCUGGUGGAGUUUUCAGAGAUAGUGUGGAGGUCAAGGUUAUGCCUAAGCUUCUUCAGCUGCGAGAUGAGGGGUUAGAAAAUCCGAUGGAGAUCAUUAGAAGUGAGACAGAGAAGCAAAUGGUGGAAGAACCGACGACGGUGCAGGUGGAGGAGGUAGUGGGAUCCCUAGCAUAA